AAUUCCAGCGCAACUGAGAUAUGCCUACCUUCAGAAAAAACAAUCCCCUCCCCUUGUGGUGCUCCUGCCUGUCACUCUUUCCUCAUUCACACUGGGAAUGUUACGGAGUAGCUAGGCAGCCCACGCAUUUUCUUACUUUCAGCCAGGUUUAAACCUGUUUUUUGCUUAUUGCCAGUCCAGAAUCGUUACCUUUUUCCAGAGAACUGUACGUUCGAAGACUGCCAGUAAACGAGGUGAAGUGACUAAUAUUGUCAUCAUACAGCAAGAUAAUGUGGGAAUGAGGUGAUUAGCGCAACCAGCUCCCGUGUACUAGAGGGUCUCGUCGGCCUGGGCACCCGCAAGGAUUCCUGGAUUCAGAAGCGCUGUCCGGGGUGCUGUCGUGGCGAUGUCGCAACGGUUAAUUUGCUUUCAUUUCAUCUCCCUCUUAUUGAUCCAGCUAAAGGCACCAUUCGCAGGUGCUCUGGAGAUUAUAGACGGCAAAAAUCAACUUACGUGUGGCCAGGGCCUGACUGACUGCAGUGUAAAAGAUGUUGCCCUUCCUGGCAUGAAGGGUCCUGUGAAUGUUAAUCAGCUGGAGCUCAGAGUGUUUCUGUGUUGCACCAACAAUAAGGAAUGCUUUCCCUGCCUGAGAGUCCAGGUGAACUUCACAAUCAAAGAUCAAAAUGAGGACCAGGAAAUGUCCGGUGACCACAGAGAGGAAGAUGUCAGCUCUAAGCAGACAGAAGAGGGACAAGGAAGUGCGCUGGGGAUGCCACCUAGUCCUACAGAAUAUUCUGUAAGAGUGUGUUACAGCCACCCAGGCUUCAUGGAUCGGUGUAAGGAAGUGACAUUUACAUUGAGCCAUUCUGUUCUAGAGGACCUGCAAUCUCAUGAGAUGUGGCUAUUUUUGUUGCUGAAUCCAGUAACAUAUGGCAGUCCAGUCAAUGUCAAGUCCUCACCCAGGACAGGAACCAUCACUUUCCCCUCCUUAGAAGAGGUUUGUUCCCCAAACCUAGAUGUUUUUGUGAAAGACUGUGAUGUGCCCAUGCUGCGAGCUACGAUUGAUGAGAAGAGAAGUGUGGCUUUACUCCAACUGGACAGUUCUAACCAGACAGUGGUCAUAUGCACAUUCAUGUAUACGCCAUCCCUGACAUUUGGGACUAAAGAGCCUGACAAAUGCCAUGAGUGGCACGCGGGCCAGAGUGAGAUGACAGUCCCCCUGAGUACUGUUACACCCUGUCUGUGCUUCAAGGUUUGGUGGAAGGGAAAGAAACUACGAAGAGAGGUCUGCCCCUUUGUGAAAAAUAAAGAGCUUAUCAAGAGGAUGUGGCACGACAACGUGUCCAUUUCACUGGAGGAGGCACAGACUAAUGCGGAAAAUGGCACAGCGCUGAGCUGGAAGCUGGCAACCCCCUGUCAACUGGAAGGGGAACUGUGGCUGUGCAGGAAAGCAUCUGUAGAGGGGCACUGUGACGAGGUCAAUGGAAGCCGCCAGAGGAUGUUCAACCAGUCACACGUCAGGGGGACUUCCACGAUCAACAGCCUCUGGGUAAUGCCAACUAUGGUGAAAGCUGACCCAUGCCCUUUAUUGACGUCCAGUUCAACGCAGCUAGUGGGAGAGUUCUUCGAUGUGAAACCCCAUCCUGCUCUUUGUUUCCAGAUGGAAAUACAGGGGAUGGAUACAAAGCUGGAUCCCUUAUGUCCAUUCACAACACCGCGGAACAGAUGGAGCCUGAUUGUCAUGAUCGGGAUUCUACUUAUCUGUCUGGCAAUACUUGGUGCCUACGCUGUCCAUAGCACUCUCAAAAGAUACGUUUGGAGAUGGUUGAAGGAUGACGACAUAAGAGGUGCAGUGGGAGGUGGCCACAUUGUGUUGUUGUACCCUCCAGACAGGGACCAGGCUCUACCUGGGCUGGUGUGUCGUCUGGCCACAUCCCUGUCCUCUCUGGGCUUCAGCGUGUCUCUGGACCUGUGGAGUCACACUGAGCUCAGUGUCCUGGGACCCGUUCCCUGGCUCCACUCCCGGCUGGACCGCCUGCAGAGACAGGGGGGCAAAGUAGUCCUGGUGCUGACCCAGGCAGCUUGGGAGAAGGCAGAGGAGUGGGGCAGCUGGGGUUGGGAGAGGGACACUCUCCAGAAGAGAGGGUGCAUUGAGGAUGCGGAGACAGUGAAGGUAUGCCGCUCCACGUAUUCAGAUGUCUUCAGCGCCUCGUUCAGCUGCAUUCUGGCAGACUACCUGCAGGGCCGCGCUGGCGAACGCUUCACCCUGGUGCAGUUUGAGUCUCUGCCGCCCCAGCCUCCCGGAGGUGGCCGCCCUCUGCCGGAGCUCUUCAGGGGCUUGCAGCUAUUCAGCCUCCCCUCACAGAGCCUGGCCUUUCUGACUGAACUGGCUUUUGGGCGAGGCAGAGGUGCAGUCGCCGGGCGACGGAAACGGGCAGGAGGGCUCAGGGCGGCGUCGCGGGCUCUGGCUGGAGGCCUGAGGGAGUUUGCAGGGCGUUCAGCUGUGUUAAGGCUGACAGGGCUUCCACAGGACUGCGUUGGGGCGAGGGUGGAGGACCCCUGGGAAUCUGUGCCUCUGCAACAUUGUGUCACCAGCGCACCAUCCAGCCCUGACACCUGCCCUAUGGCCCGUGGGAUGGAUUGGGUCUGAGAGGACAGAAGGAGUCAGGGGCCUGUAAAUCAGGGGCCGCUAAAAAUACUGGACACAAGUGCUUAUGGAUGUCGGCUUGAAACAGUAUCUCAUCCUAGGCUUUUGGAGAUUCAAUAAAGAAAGACUUAUUAUAACACUACUUUCAAUUCCAGCUUGGUGUUCAUCUGUGAAUGUGUGACAUUAAUUAUUAUUAUAAUGUACAUUAUGUUAUGGUGCGUUAUACUGCUGUGAUUGGGUUAUUCACUAACGUGGAUAGGAAUAUAGUGGUUUCAACCAUAUGUUGUUGAUUAUUUAUUUUGAAAUAAAACA